AUGACCCACACUCAGGAUUCAGAUUCUGAAUCUGAAUUGGAAGAAGCUGCUCCAGCUGGGCAUCUGGAAUGUCAGCCUCAGGAGAUACCAAAUCAAGAAUCACACGAGGCUGAUCAAACACCGGCAUCACCCAAAUCGUUGGAACAGUCAAAUGACAAUGACAUAAAGUCUCCCAGGCCUGAACCCAAUAAUGCCAGUGGAAAGAUAGAAAUGGAUACAUAUUGCAAUAUUAUUAAAAACAAAGAGAUGAAAAAAGACUUAUGGAAAAAUAAUGUGCAGAAAGUCCAAAACUCAGAUUUUAAUUAUCUUUCUAUAAAUAAUAUUUUUUCUGCUUCUACAAAUACAAAGGAAAUUAAAAAAGCACCACGUAUUUUAGAGAACUCUAGUAUGGAAGUGGUAUCUAAAAAUGACUCCGUGAUUUUGAGGCCUGUGACUGAAAUCCCCUCUCAAUUUAGAAAUAUUUUCAAAGAAUUCCCUUAUUUUAAUUAUAUUCAAUCUAAGGCUUUGGACGAUCUUCUUUACACAGACAGAAAUUUUGUAAUCUGCGCACCAACUGGUUCUGGAAAAACUGUAAUGUUCGAGCUUGCAGUUACCAGAUUAUUAAUCAAGGUGCCAAUACCUUGGUUAAAUAUUAAAAUUGUAUAUAUGGCUCCAAUAAAAGCUCUCUGCAGUCAGCGCUUUGAUGAUUGGAAAUUAAAAUUUGGACCCAUUGGACUCAUCUGUAAGGAGCUAACAGGAGAUACAGCAGUGGAUGACUUAUUUGAAAUACAACAUGCUCACAUUAUUUUGACCACACCAGAAAAGUGGGAUAGCAUGACUAGAAAAUGGAGAGAUAACUCUUUAGUUCAGCUAGUGAGACUUAUCCUCAUUGAUGAGGUACAUGUUGUAAAAGAUGAGAGCCGGGGUGCUACUCUUGAAGUUGUGGUCAGCCGGAUGAAAACUAUUCAGUCUUCUUUCUCACAAAGUUCUGACAAUCCUAGCUCAGUAUUUCCCAUGAGAUUUGUGGCAGUUUCUGCAACGAUUCCAAAUGCAGAAGAUAUUGCAGAAUGGCUUUCAGAUGGCAAGAGGCCUGCUGUAUGCCUGAAAAUAGAUGAAAGACACCGUCCAGUGAAGCUUCACAAAGUUGUGCUUGGAUUUCCCUGCAGUAGCAAUCAAACUGCAUUCAAAUUUGACUUAACACUUAACUAUAAAGUAGCUAGUGUUAUUCAAACAUAUUCUGAACAAAAGCCAGCACUUGUGUUCUGUGCCACAAGGAAAGGAGUUCAGCAAGCUGCUUCUGUACUGGCAAAAGAUGCUAAAUUUAUUAUGACUAUAGAACAAAAACAAAGAUUACAAAGAUCUGCAAAUUUAAUAAAAGAAGCCAAGCUUAGGGAUCUCUUAAUUUGUGGAGUUGCUUAUCAUCAUGCUGGAGUAGAAAUGUCUGAUAGAAAAACAAUUGAAACAGCUUUUAAUAUGGGAGAUAUACCAGUUCUUUUUACUACUAGUACACUUGCCAUGGGAGUAAAUUUACCAGCACACCUGGUAGUUAUAAAAUCAACAAUGCAUUAUGCUGGAGGAAUGUUUCAAGAGUACAGUGAAACUGAUAUUUUGCAAAUGAUUGGGAGAGCAGGAAGACCUCAAUUUGAUACAACAGCAACAGCAGUUAUCAUGACAAGGCUAAGUACAAGAGACAAGUAUGUUCAUAUGUUAAAUGGUGCAGAUACAAUAGAAAGCAGUUUGCACAAACAUCUAAUUGAGCACUUAAAUGCUGAAAUAGUGCUUCACACCAUCACUGAUGUGAACAUAGCUUUAGAAUGGGUGAGAUCAACUUUCCUCUAUAUCAGAGCUUUGAAGAAUCCAGCUUAUUAUGGGUUUUCAGCUGGACUUGACAGAAAUGGAAUUGAAGCAAAAUUACAAGAACUGUGUUUGAAGAAUUUGAAUGAUUUGUCAUCGCUUGAUUUGAUCAAAAUGGAUGAUAAUCUCUAUUUCAAAACCACAGAAACUGGACGACAGAUGGCUUGGUAUUAUAUUGCAUUUGAUACUGUAAAAAAGUGUUUCAUGAUUAAUGGAACAGUAACUUUAUCUGAACUGGUUGUAUUGAUAUCUGGUUGCAGUGAAUUUUCAGACAUCAAGUUAAGAACAAAUGAGAAAAAAGUACUGAAUUCCUUGAACAAAGAUAAAAAGUGGAUGAACAUAAGAUAUCCAAUGGAAGGAAAAAUAAAAACAAGAGAAAUGAAAGUAAACUGUCUUAUUCAGGCACAGUUAGGAUGCAUUCCCAUCCAAGAUUUCACCUUGACGCAAGAUAUAGGAAACAUUUUUAGAAAUGGCAUAAGACUUACAAAAUGGUUAUCUGAAUUUCUGGCUACCCGUCAAAACAACUUUAUUGUAUUAUUAAAUGCUUUGAUUUUAGCAAAGUGCUUCAGAUGUAGACUUUGGGAAAAUUCACUCUAUAUAUCCAAGCAGCUAGAAAAAAUUGGCAUGACUUUAUCAAACACAAUGAUGAAUGCAGGACUGACCUCCUUUAAAAAAAUAGAAGAUAUAAAUGCAAGAGAGCUUGAAUUGAUUUUGAACAGACAUCCUCCUUUUGGAAAUCAAAUUAAAGAAUCAGUAGUACAUCUUCCAAAAUAUGAACUUAACAUAGAGCAGCUGGUAAAGUACAACGAAGCAGUAGCUGAAAUCAUAGUGACAAUCAUAUUAACCAACUUUGAACAGCUGCAGAUAAAAAGAACUGCUCCAGAUUCUCAUUAUGCAACCCUAGUAAUAGGAGAUAAUGAUAAUAAUGUGAUUUUUAGACAAAGGAUUAUGGAUUCUGCUUUGCUGAAAACUGGAAACUGGACAAAAAAGAUUGAAGUGAGAAGAGCUGUUAAUUCUGAUGAGCUUAAUAUAAAUCUAAUCAGUUCUGAAUAUGUUGGACUGGAUGUUCAGCAGAAAUAUAAACCAUUUUACUUAGGACCAAAGAAGGUUGGAAUUAUGAUCACUCGUGGAAAACCUGAUAGCUCUCAAACUUCUUCGGAUUCUCAGAUGAAUUUUCUAGUGAUAGCCUUAUUGAACACAGUGGGAUUUAAUUUGCUUUUUUUCCCUUUUAUGUCAUCAAACUAUCAUAAAACAAAAGAAGCCACUUGUAGCCAAGAAUCAGUAAGCAUAAAGAAUGGAAAUAGAAAAUGCAAUCACCACUGCAAAAAUAAAGAAACAUGUGGACAUGACUGUUGUAAAAUUGGAGUUUCAGAGAAAUCGAACAUGAAGAAUGAGUCAGUUUUUUCUUCAUAUCUUACUGACUUAAGAAACCGGAAUGCUGAAUCUGCCAUUCCCCCAGUCAAGCGACUAAAGAUGCAGAUGUCAAAUAAAUCUCAAAAAGUUGAUCUUAAACAAUUUAGUUAUAUUCCAAAAGCUUUUCUUCCAGCAUUGCCAAGAUUAGAGCAUGUACAACAUCCAAGAUCCCCUUUAGCAGAAGACAUCUACAGUUCUGAUGUUUCUCAAAGAUUUCAACUGGAACCUGAAGUUCGCAAAAUGAAUGGUUUCUUUGCUAUCAAGCAGUCUGAGGAAAACAAUAACCCGAUAAUGAGCUCAAACAAAAGUCUUGAAGAAUCUUCAAUGAGCAACUUGACUGAUGCAGAUAAAAGCAUCUCUUUGUUUUCUGAAACUUUGAAUAUAAAUUUUGAAUUAGGAAAUGAAAUUUGGAAUGAUUAUGAUGAUGGGAGUUUUGUACAUGGCAACCCUUUUACUGCUAAUAUUCAGAAGUUAAAAGAUCCAGAAUCUUCUCCGCUGGAAUCCAGAAACAUGUGCAUGCAGAAUUUGAGAAAAAACUCAUCAUUUUGCCAAAAUACUCAGAAUAAACCUCCUGGGGCCCUGGUUUUACAAGAAAGUGGAACGCCAACCAAUAGGAAAGCAAAGAGUUUUAUAGAAGUUGAGGGCUACCGGAAGAAAAUCCUAAGAUUUGAAUUUGUUGAAGUAAAUUGUUCAUCAUAUGAUGCUAAAUAUAUCUACUUGUUUUGGUGGGGUUUUGUGUUACAGUUUAGACUUCAAGAAGAAUAUAAUCCACCAGAAAAUCUGAAAAUGGCACAAUUAACUGCAAACUCAGAAACAGCCUUGAGAUCUUACCAAAUUGAUGGAAAGGGAGACUUUUUUAUUACCAGCAGAAAUAUGACAAAGGGGGCUGAUCUUAGGCAACAGCUUGAGGACGAUGGUGAUAUUAAGCCUUUUCUUGGCAUAUUUGAUGGCCUUUUCUAA